AUGAGUAUAAAGCAAAGAGCUGGCACUUUCCGAAGUGAGGAUGAAAAGGUGGAGAACCACUAUUCUAACCCGUAUGGGGCUAUAUCUGCUGUAUCUGCCUUCUUCUCAGAUGCACUUCUCCACCAGACUCAGCCCAGUGCUGCCAGAAUGAAGCGGGUUGCUCUUCCUUCCCUCCUCUCCCUCCUCUUGCUUUUGCUGCCUGGAGGAGCCUCGGCAGUGAGCGAUGCCCCCAUGGAGCUGACAGGGACUGUGGGGGAAUCAGUCCUCUUCCCCCUCAACAUCCCCAUGGAGAGACGACGCAACGCGGUCAUGUGGUGGGUGGGGGACCAGUGUGUCCCCCUGGCCAAUGUGACACUGGAGGAGACCUUCCUGUUGUGUAAGGUGGCUCCAUGCUAUGCCGGGCGCCUGAGCUGUGCCGAUGGGAGUGGGGCAGUGAUCCUUGGCAGCCUGCAGACCAGCGACACAGGGCUCUACACAGCCACAUUCCUUGAGGUCGGCAGCUUCGUCCCCACCACGUGGCGCUUUCAGCUGCAUGUGAUCCAUGAGGACCAGGGCACGGACAUUGGACCCUCCAGGGGCCUUCUUGUCCCUCUGACCCCUUCUCCCUGUGCCCCAGAGCCUGGGCAGGACGGGAGCUCAAAUGGCACCCUCCCAGCCCCGAUUCAGGCCACGUCGCUCUCCUACUGCCAAGCCAAGGGACUCAUCCUGCUGGGGACGCUGGCAUGCCUACUCACGGCCCUCAUUGCCACGCACGUCAUCGCCAGGAGGCAGCCAAGGCGCCCUGCAGAGAAGAGGAGCCAUGGGGAUACCUCUGCCCACAUUCCCCUGCAAGUGUAUCCGUCCCGCCGGGACCCGGGCACCGGUUGCCAGGGGGGCUCGUUGCCUCCCUUACUGGGCAGACGUGCAACAGCUGGGCACUAUCAGUGAUCCCUGGGUGCGGGGGCACUUGUCCCAGCUGCUGAUUUCACUGGGAGAUGCCAGAGAGAUGCAUUGCUGUGUGCAGCCAGGGCUGGCCAUUAAAACGGGGGCAUGGGUGGACCCUGGCUCUUGGCAGUGCUGGCUAGGGGCUGCCCAGCCCAGGGUCUCCAGGCUAAGGAACUGCCAGGGGAUGAGGGCCCAGAGUCCUGGGAUCGCUCACAGGUUCAGCCCGUGGCGCCCCCACCUCUCCCCCCUUUCCAGUACCAAGUAGGGGAAGAUGCCCACGCCUGCCUGCCACGACACCCACCUGCCCCCAGUGCCAGGGGAGUGGAGCGUGAGGGGGCACAGUAGGGCACAACUCCUACCUGCUGGGCACCCCCAGGGCUCCCCCGCUUACCCCCAGCCCAGGGGACGGGGAUGUGUGUGCUGCCAUCCAGUGGCUGCCCAGGGUGGCUGCACCCUGUGGUGCAUGAGCUGAGGCAGGGGCCAGCACCCCAACCACCUAUAGACGUGACUCGUGGACAUGGCCCCACAUGGGCACAACACAGGCCCAGUCCUGACUUCUGCAUCCAUCCGGAGCACCCCAGGACUGUGGGAUAACUCUGGGGCUAGCCAGACCUGCCCCCAAGGGAGAACCCAGCAUGUUGCUAGGGACAUGGUGCUUGUGGCCAUAAAUAUAUGGGAAAUAAACUGCAAAC